AUGACCACCACGGGGAAGGCGGCAAAGAAAACCAAGCAUACAUCGUCUGGAGACCGUGUAAUGGAGAACACACAACCCGGCGACAUUAUUGUACCAAUUAUGGGGGCAUCAGGGGCAGGGAAGAGUUCGUUCAUUAACCACAUACUGGGGGACACUUCCAACCAGAGAGUUAAAGUCGGGGCGGAUGUAGUCUCGUGCACUCAACUCGUACAACCGGUCUGCAUCGACAUCCGCGACACAUUUCCCUACCUAAUGCGUCCAGGGGACAGUGGUCGGUUGGUGCUGGUGGACACUCCUGGAUUUGACGAUACAUAUAAAGGGGAUAUGGACAUCUUGUCGAGAAUAACCAAGUGGCUCGCGCGAUCAUACAGUAAAUCGAUGACUGUCAGAGGUGUCAUCUUUAUGCACGAUAUCACUGAAGUACGGCUGAGAGGAACCAUGCAGAGGUGCCUCAAGACGUUCGAGAAGCUUUGCGGCCAGGAUGCAUACCAGAAGGUCAUCAUAGUCACCUCGAAGUGGGAUAGCGUGACGCCAUGUGAAAGCGAGGCGCACCUUUCUCCGGCGGCGGUGGGAGAGAAAAGGGUGCAGGACUUGAAGGAGAAGGCAUGGAACGAGCUGACUAGCGGAGGCGCCAUUGUCUAUAACUUCACUCCGGCGGACCGAGAAAAGGCGCUGGAGGUUGUCAAACUCGUCCUCAUGAAUAGAGCCAAGGACUCUGCCCUUGCCGCUCAGAGAGAAGUUGUCGACCGCCAAAGAGAGGUGUAUCAGAUUGGUGCCGCAAAGACACUGGUGAAGCAAAUCCAAGAAGGUUUCGGCGUGAAUGUGGCGAAAAAACCCCCGUUCGGUACCAGGUUCAAACAAAUGCUGGGUAUGAAUGUGGGCGACUUCUUUCCUCAUAAAAACCCGAUAUCGACGAUCAUGAUGAUGCUAGUUCCAGUCCUUGUGCUUGUUGUUGUACCCGUGCCCAUGCUUGUGCUUGUGCUUGUGCUACUCGUGAUAGUCACCAGCAGUGAUGGCGACAGUACUAGUAGUGUGUGUAUUCAGUAG